CAUUUACCCCCAUAUUCGCGCCGUUCAAGGAGCGACUGCCGCGUCCAGCCAACACGAUGGAGGCGUCCGUAGAAGUGAAGCUGCAGGAACUGGUUGGACUCCACUUGAGAACCUUUGAAGAGCAGCUCAAAGUCUUUCACGAGCAAGUCGAAAACAACAUCUCCAUUGCUGGCGUCCACCCCAUCUCGCACGAGCGUGCGACGUCGGUGUGUUCUGAGCCCGCCACGAACUGGACAAACUAUUCCCGCACAAGUCCAGGCGCCUUGCCGUCAGAUAUCGCCAUGGCAAACGUUCGGAAGGCAUGUCACAAAGACGGAUACAUCCCGUCCAAGCUGCUGUUGGAGCAUGCGUUGAAGGAAGCUGCACGCGCCGAGUUCACUAUCAAGGACAAGAUGCAGUUUGCAUUCAUCUUGCUCAGGACGCUGGACAAGCGGAAACAAAACAGGCUCGACGCGGACUUCCAAGGCAUGCGCAGCCUGUACGACGAACACAUUGGACUUCUUUUGGGCUGGGCGAGGCAGAGCGCUCCAUACCUUCACGUGGACAGUCGCGACCAGAACUUGGUGCAGCUGGUCGUGCACAUCGUGUCGCACCAUCCUCCAACAAAGUCGUCCACACAGGAACACGUCGCGACCACUUUGCGCGACUUGCAAAACCAAGCCAAGAACGUUCGAUCGGAGGGAGCAGCACCGAAGGAGCGAGGGACGGCCGACGGCUCGGACGAGCUCCACGAGAUCCUCACUCAUGUUACAUUCAGGCGGAAAGAGACCAAGAACUUCUCCAUGUACUUUGCAGUCUAUCGGGCGAAUGGAGGCACGAUUUGUCAGAAGAAGUCGCAGCUCGAGUGCGCCCAGGCCAUCUUGAAACGAUCCCACACCGACGGGUUCAACUGGCGACACCUCCUCGUGCUCAAUUUUGACAAAGCCGACGACGACGCCCAGACAUAGCGCCAUCUCUCUCUACUUACCUUAACAACCCAAAGUACUAUUUUCGAGUGGCAAUAUGUAUA